CCUGGCGUUUAGUCACGUGUGUUUUGAAAAGUUUGCGGCGACGAAGCGUGGACAUUGAAACAGAAUUAUUUUUAUGGGACCAGUCGUCAAUGCUCACGCGCCUCUUUACCGCCAGACAGGAUUCUUUCUUCUCUCGUUUUCCUUCGUGAAUUAGUUUUAGCUUCUCCUGUUUCUCGGACGCCAGCCCGGAGCCGCUCUCUGCGCUCCUGCUUCACGCUCACGUCCAUUUCUUCCUGUACGCCGGUGCAGUCCGUUUAGUCGCAGGUUUUGCGGAGCUGUUUAUUUGAGUACCACCGGAGAAGUGAGGUUAAAAUGGUGUUUUUCACCUGCAAUGCUUGUGGAGAGUCUUUGAAAAAAGGUCAGGUCGAUAAGCACGUGAGCUGGUGCCGGGGCUGCCAGGUCCUGUCCUGCAUCGACUGUGGCAAAGACUUCUGGGGCGAUGACUACAAAGAACACAUUAAAUGCAUCAGUGAAGAUCAAAAAUAUGGAGGCAAAGGGUUCGAAGCCAAGGCAAACAAAGGAGAUGUGAAACAACAGCAGUGGAUUCAGAGAGUCCAUGAGGCUAUGAACAAACCUGGAGUCAGUGCGAAGCUGAAAGAUGUGCUCAGGCAGAUCAGCACAUACGAUAACGUGCCAAGGAAGAAGGCAAAGUUUCAGAACUGGAUAAAAAACAGUGUUAAAAUAUACAACCCCAGUCUGCAGGAAGAAGUGUGGGGAAUAAUCAAUGCAUCCGAUACUGCUGUGGAGGUCGCCCAGGAGACAGAAACGUGCGAAGAGAAAACCUCCGACGUUCAGCUGAAGACUAAUGGGAACGAAAAACAGAACGGCCAACCAGAUGCUGAGGAGAAGAAGAAGCUCAACAAACGGGAACGCAAAGAGCUCCGGAAACAAAAAAACAAGAAAGCUGCGAAAGGAGCUGCUGAGGCAGUGGAGCCAGAGGAAACAGAGACUGGCAAAAAGAAAAAGGAGAGGAAGAGAAAGCACAGAGAAGAAGAAGAAGCAGCUGGGGAUGAAGAGCAGAACCUGCCUGGAGCUGAAAACAAGACUUCCAGCAAGAAAAUGAAGUUGGACAAAGCAGCAGAGACUGAGGACAACCUCACACCAGAGGAGAGUGAGGAUCAGCCUGCUUCGACAGGAAAAUUCAACUGGAAGGGGAACAUCAAGGCAAUCCUGAGAGAGUCACCUGACCAGGAACUGCCUGUGAAGAAACUCAAGAAGAAGGUUCUGGCAGCCUACUACUCUUUCACCGGUGAUAGGAAUUUCAAAACGGAGCAGGACGUUCUUGCAAUUUUUAACAAGAAGAUCAACAACAAUCCAAAGUUUAGAGUUCUGAAAGAACGAGUUCGACUCGUGAAGUAACCCAUCUCAUCUGUUUUGGGCAUCUAAUGCAUGUUGUUAGUCUUUUAAAAUUUAAAAAGCCAUGGAUUUUGUCUGUCAUCUCCCAGCAGAUGUUUUAUACAGAUGACAUAACCUCAAGAUUAAAUGCUCUAUUGACUGCAUUGUCUCUUGCUGAUGGUCAUGAGUCCAGUAAAGCUUCUGCACACCACCUUUAUGUUGUUUAAUGUAUAAAAUGUUGUUUCCUGGCUGCUCUGUUACACAUUCCAAGCGCACGGUGAGGCUGGGAAGUGGCACCUUAUCUGUGGGAUUGGAUGUUGGCGUGGGGGAAGGGAAAUGGGAGCGGUGCACCUGAGGUGAAUUUGACUCUCACACGGGACGAAGCUAAUGCACAUUCCUCCGCACCCCGAACGGGGUUCGCUUGGCCGGGGACACAGAAGCUCCAUAGAGGCAAGACGCUUGGUGUCAGCCUCGGGUGAGGUUUUAAUGCUGUCUGAUUUUUCCACGGCUAGAAUGAGUCUCUUUACCCCUGUACAAACACACUCGCACGCUCACACGCACGCUCACACACAACCAGGAGGAGCUACAGGAGGAAAUCUGCCCAGCUUUAUGAAGCCCUUCUAAUCCAGCUGGUUUAACACUGAUGCUCAUUCAUCACACUGCUCACCUGUAAUCGUAUAUUGCAUACUUUGGGUUUUAGUGAAGCUGUUACUCAGGUUUGCUAGUAUUAAAAUGAUGUUUUCUAGUCCAGUGGAGCUCAGUAGUGCUUAAUUCUUUUGUUUGAAUCUCAACCCCACAGGAUACUGAAACUAAUCCUUUCCUGGAAAGCAAG